AUGGAGAGUAAAGGUGACGCUUCUGCCUCUAUCAUCUCUGCUUCUCCAACUUCUUCUCCUCCACCACCGCUUUCGCCGCGGGUGGUGCUUAGCCCAUGCGCCGCUUGCAAAAUCUUACGGCGGCGUUGUGGAGAAAAAUGCGUUUUGGCACCGUACUUCCCUCCAACGGAGCCGGCCAAGUUCACCAUUGCCCACCGCGUUUUUGGAGCCAGCAAUAUCAUUAAGUUAUUGCAGGAACUUCCGGAAUCACAAAGAGCUGAUGCAGUCAACAGUAUGGUGUAUGAAGCCGGAGCUAGAAUUAGAGAUCCGGUUUAUGGAUGUGCCGGUGCUAUAUACCAUCUACAAAGACAAGUGAGUGAGCUCCAAGCACAACUUGCAAAAGCUCAAGUUGAGAUUGUGAAUUUGCAACUUCAAAGAUCAGAUUUACUAGAGUUGAUUAUUAACAUGGACCAACCAAACCAAAAACAAGAUAAUAUGUCCUUUGAGACGACCAAUGAUUUUGGAUUCCUUGAAGACAACUCCAACACCAACUCAUCAAUGUUGUGGUCUGAUCUUCUUUGGACGUGA